AUGGAAGGGAUGAACCCGCUACUGGAAUAUAAGAGAAUCAAAGAGGCCGUUUUUAGUAAGCAUCCCCUCGGCCUCCAUAAGACGCUCCCAAAAAGAGAAAACUUUGAAUUUAAGACAAGGGCAAAGGAAAAGAUAAAGGAUGAAAGGGAGGACAGGAUAAAGCACCCAGCAAGGGAAGAUAUCUCAACCCCCAACAAUAGAACUGCUCUACAAAAGAGGAGCAGUCAGAGUUUUGCACUUCGUCCCCGCCAUACCUUUCAAAAGGAGCACAUUCGCCAUGUUGACAAAUUUAAUGACACUCCUCAUGGAGGGAAUUCAAGUGGCAGAAAUGAAAAGUGUGGCAGGCAGACUUACGCAAUUUCGCAAGAGGAGAAUUUGGAAUUGUCCCUCGUCUGCCCCGACGGGCCGAAAAGCAACACAGGGAUGGUAGUAUACAAAUACUGCUACAUUUGCGAAACGGGAAAGCCCUGUUUUUGCAGUGAGGAAAACUACGACUAUGAAAAGAAUAUCAUAGAGACAAUUCAUUCAAACAAGAAAAAACAAGAGGGGAAUAAGAUUAAUGCUUGCGUGAAGGGACAAGGAGGAAAGGCUACAGGGAAGAAGGAGCUUCUUUCCAAGAAGAAACGCCAGAAGAACGAACAGACCAAACCGUUGAGUAGUUAUGACAGAUUUUACCUUCAUCAAGUGAAAACCAUUAAGGGGAAAUUGGAUUGCUUGAGAGAGGGGCGUGUGUGGAAUGAGGACACGACGGCACAGAAAGGGGCCGAGACGAAGAGCAAAGUCGACAUGGACAUGGACCAGAACGGACCGGCCAUGGAGAAAAGGAUGGACGCUUUGAAGGAAAUUGAAAAAAAGCACCUGAAGCUGCUGGUCAGCCUAUUCGAUGAGUACAAAGAUUUGGAGGAAAAGAUGUUAUGA